AUGGAUGACAGCAGUAUUAACAAAGAACUGAAGCAGGAAUUUUCCCAUUGUGAAGAAGAGAGUGAGAACGAAGGGCAGAAGGAAGCACAAGAGAGCAGGGAGGCCCAGAGCCAAACCCCAGAGAAGUCUGAAGUUCAGGAUUCAGAGGCAAAGUUUACACCUCCCAGGACUCCCCUUAGUAACGUACAGGAACUCCACACACUUCAGGAAAGAGACAAAGUGAGUCCAGACCAGGUUUUGAAGACUCCAGUGUCAGACUCUCGCAAAUGUCCUGAAACACCAGCCCAGCCAGACUCCAGGAGCAAGCUGCCACACUGUGCGAGUCCCUUCACUCCCAAAGGCCGGCUGAGCCAGUCGGUGAUUUCUUCAACAGGGAAGCUCCCCGCCAGAAGCUCUAAGCAUCUGAGGCUCACACCUGGUCCCUUCACGGAUGAGAUGACCUCAUCAGCUCUGGUCAAUAUUAAUCCCUUCACCCCAGAGUCCUAUAGAAAACAAUUCCUUCAAUCCAAUGGCAAGAGGAAAAGCCGAGGGGAUCUUGAGGAAGCUGGUCCAGAGGAAGGCAAGGCAGAACAAGGGCUGCCUGCCAAGAGAUGUGUUCUACGAGAAACCAACAUGGCUUCCCGCUAUGAAAAAGAAUUCUUAGAGGUAGAAAAAAUUGGGGUUGGAGAAUUUGGUACAGUCUACAAGUGCAUUAAGAGGCUGGAUGGAUGUGUUUAUGCAAUAAAACGCUCUACGAAAUCUUUUGCAGCAUUAUCAAAUGAGAAUUUGGCUUUGCAUGAAGUUUAUGCUCAUGCGGUGCUUGGGCAUCACCCCCAUGUGGUCCGUUACUACUCCGCAUGGGCAGAAGAUGACCACAUGAUCAUUCAGAAUGAAUACUGCAACGGUGGGAGCUUGCAGGCUGCUAUAGCUGAAAACGCGAAGUCCGGCAAUCAUUUCCAGGAGCCGAAACUCAAGGACAUCCUUCUACAGGUUUCCCUUGGGCUUAAGUACAUCCACAGCUCUGGCGUGGUGCACCUGGACAUCAAACCCAGCAACAUCUUCAUUUGUCAUAAGAUGCAAAGUGACGCUCCUGUAGUCCCAGAAGAGAUCGAAAAUGAAGCUGAUUGGUUUCUCUCUGCCAAUGUGAUGUAUAAAAUUGGUGACUUGGGUCAUGUGACAUCAAUAAGCAAACCCAAAGUGGAAGAGGGAGAUAGUCGCUUCCUGGCUAAUGAGAUUUUGCAAGAGGAUUAUCAGCACCUUCCCAAAGCAGACAUAUUUGCCUUGGGAUUAACAAUUGCAGUGGCUGCGGGAGCAGAGUCCUUACCUACCAAUGGCACUGCGUGGCAUCAUAUCCGUCAGGGUAACCUUCCGGACAUUCCUCAGGAGCUCUCAGAAGAAUUCUGCGGUCUACUUAAGAACAUGAUCCACCCUGAUCCAGGGGAGAGACCUUCUGCAGCAGCUCUGGCCAGAAGUCGAGUUCUCCGUCCCUCCCUGGGGAAAGCAGAAGAGCUCCAGGAGCAGCUUAACUUGGAAAAGUUCAAGACAGCCACACUGGAAAGGGAACUGAGAGAAGCCCAGCAGGCCCAGUCCCCCCCAGAAGGCCCUGGUGACCCUGGGGUCUCUGGGACCCCCACAGGAUCAAGAAGCAAACGCCUGGUGGGAAGAAAGAGUGCCAAGUCUUCAAGCUUCACCUGUGGGACGUCUUCCCCAUAA